GCGAGUCAAAUUCACUUUGCCGCACCACCCACAGGAGGAGCGCGCGCCCAAUUGAAUCAACGCUCGCCACUGCUUUUGGAAGCGACGUUCACUUGAGUCCCCGUGGGCACACCGCUCAUUUCUCUCUGUCUUACUCUAUAUACCCACCUCUGAAAGGUACAGACCCCUAAAGAGGAGACGAACACGAAGGGAGGGGAAGGGAGAAACAGGAAAGACUGCAGUUGGUGCAUGACAUGAAGACGCGACUGUUGGGGACCCGGCUGAGCAUGGCACAUUAUGCCAGGAUCUGAACUGAAACGGGGACCGGGUUUGGGCUCUCAGAAGAGGGCGUUGAUUGUGUAAGAAAUGCACGAGUUUGCGGGAGUAAAAUGUGCUUGAUGUCGUGUGACGCUUUUGGAUGCGCAAUUCUGGAUGGGAUGAAAUCGCGUAAUCGGGGGCCAAAUCUAGGCGCUUAACGUGAGACCACCGAUCUGAGCUACCGUUAAACCACAUCUUCUGCCCCUCGCAGCCGCGUUGAAGGGGCAUCCGCAGAAAGUUUCACGAUGGCUCUCGUCAUGGAACCUGUUAGUAAAUGGAGCCCCAGUCAAGUUGUGGACUGGAUGAAAGGUCUGGACGACUGUUUGCAGCAGUACAUAAAGAACUUUGAGCGGGAGAAGGUUGGAGGAGACCAGCUGUUGAGGAUCACCCAUCAGGAACUGGAGGAUCUGGGAGUUUCUCGCAUCGGCCAUCAGGAGCUCAUCCUGGAGGCUGUGGAUCUGCUGUGUGCUCUGAACUACGGGCUGGAGACCGAAAACCUGAAGACUCUUUCGCACAAGCUCAAUGCCUCUGCCAAAAACCUGCAGAACUUCAUCACAGGCCGCAGACGCAGCGGCCAUUAUGAUGGCCGCACCACUCGGAAACUGCCCAAUGACUUCCUCACGUCUGUGGUGGAUCUGAUCGCCGCUGCUAAGAGCCUUCUAGCCUGGCUGGAUAGGUCACCAUUUGCUGCUGUAACAGAUUAUUCCGUGACCCGGAACAACGUGAUCCAGCUGUGCCUGGAACUCACUACCAUUGUUCAGCAGGACUGCACCGUCUAUGAAACCGAAAAUAAGAUCCUCCAUGUGUGUAAAACUCUGUCUGGAGUUUGUGACCACAUCAUCUCACUGUCUUCAGACCCUCUGGUCUCUCAGUCGGCUCAUCUGGAGGUGGUCCAGCUGGCUAAUAUCAAACCUACAGAGGGUCUGGGAAUGUACAUCAAAUCCACAUAUGAUGGCCUUCAUGUUAUCACAGGAACCACAGAGGGGUCUCCAGCAGACCGCUGUAAAAAGAUCCACGCAGGUGAUGAGGUUAUUCAGGUCAAUCAUCAGACUGUGGUGGGCUGGCAGUUGAAAAACUUGGUAAGCUCUCUGCGUGGGGACCCUGCCGGUGUGACAUUGACCCUGAAAAAGCGUCCCCAGAGCACCCUCACCUCCGCCCCAGCCCUACUAAAGAACAUGAGAUGGAAGCCCUUGGCCCUGCAGCAGCCAGUCGUUCCUAGGAGUCCCACCAGCAGCUCUGCCACUCCCACAAGCACCAUCAGCACACCCUCGAAGCGUGAUAGCUCCGCCCUGCAGGACCUGUAUAUUCCGCCUCCUCCAUCUGAGCCAUACACACCCAGCGGAAUUCAUACUAAUGUUAGGAGAGAUGAAAAAGGCGGUAUCCAAAGUGAGAGUGGGGUACCUGUCGCAAAAGGAUCAGAAUCACCAAACUCAUUCCUGGAUCAAGAAUACAGGCGGCGAUUUCCUCUAGUGGAAGAGGAGGCUGUCCUGUACUGCUACGAGUACGACCCCAGCCAUGGACCCACAACAUCCCGUCGGGACAGCACCCCCACUUAUGGUCGUCUGAGGCCCAUCUCAAUGCCUGUGGAGUAUAACUGGGUUCCUGACUAUGAAGACCCAGCUAGAGUGAAGAGAGACGGUCGGAGAGAAAACUCUUUGUUGCGGUAUGUAAGUGAUGAAAAGGCUGCUGAUCUGGCAGGACGGAGCAUGAAGAGAGACACUGGAAAGCGUGGAAAGAAGAAGAGCGAGAAAAGCGGGAGCCCCACACACUACUCCCUCCUUCCCACCCUGCAAAUGGAGGUGCUACGUCAGGAGUCCAUGAACACGCCAAACCCAGACUCCACCUCUCUCUACCAUACAUUCCAGGGAUCCUCUCUGCUAUCAAAGACCAAGAAAAAGAGUAAAGCAGCUCCACUGUCCUCCAUCAGUAAGAGAAGAAUCUCCUGUAAAGACCUGGGUCGUGGAGACUGUGAGGGCUGGCUAUGGAAGAAAAAGGACGCAAAGAGCUAUUUCUCGCAGAAAUGGAAGAAGUACUGGUUCGUUCUGAAGGAUGCCUGCUUGUAUUGGUACAUGAACGAAGAGGAUGAGAAGGCUGAGGGUUUUGUUAGCCUUCCAGAAUUCAAGAUCGACAGAGCCAGUGAAUGCCGGAAAAAAUAUGCGUUUAAAGCAUGCCAUCCCAAAAUCAAGAGCUUCUACUUCGCAGCGGACGGUGUGGACGAUAUGAACAGAUGGUUGAGUCGCCUCAACAUGGCGGCCGCCGGCUAUGCAGAAAGAGAGCGAAUCCGUCAGGAACAUGCAGACUACUGGAGUGAAAGUGAUCAUGAAGACAAUGAGACGCCCUCGACGCCCAAGCAAGACAGCCCACCACCCCCUUAUGACACAUACCCACGGCCACCCUCAAACCAGGUGAGCUGUGCCAGUCCUUAUCUAGAACCAAAGCACGGCCGGCUGUCAUCUACAGAAACGUCCCAGUCUCGCUCGUCUCAUGAGGAGUACCGCUCCGAACCUCAAGGAGGGAGCAGCAGUGGAGGAGGCUCUCCAGCUCGGAAGUCCGCCAGCCAGAGGCGUUCAUGGCAGGACCUGAUUGAAACCCCUCUAACCAGCUCAGGCCUCCACUACCUGCAGACUCUGCCCCUCGAGGAUGCUGUGUUCUGCGAGCCGGGAGCAGGUCUUUCUCCUGAAUAUCGGCGCCAGUCCACUCUGCCUGCCCAGCGCACACUCAUGCAGGAUCAUUACGGCCCUUUCCCCAUGCUCCAAGGGGAGAGACUCAGAGACCCUGUUAAUGCGGUAGGGAAACCCCGCAGCUUCACCUUGCCCCGGGACAGUGGCCUACAUGCCCUUCUCACACCCUCUGCCAGCAUGGCAGACCAGCGGGACCCAAACCGCAGGGAGCUCAGCCGCUCUCAACGCAUCAAUAAUGGCGGGGAGCAGGACUACCAGGGGCAGACAGAUUCGUUGGGGGACUUGUACAGAGCGCUGGAGCGUGCCCGUCUGACACCUAUUGGUGAGCACCGCCUUUCCACUCGUCUGGAGUACAAACAUCUUUUCAUCCGGCGUUGCAACGAUCCACAGCUAAAUGACAAACUGCAUCACCUUCGCAUCCUGCAGAGCACGCUAAAGGACAGGGAGGGCGAAGUAGCACUGAUUGACAAGCUGCUGGCCAAUCCUAAGCUCACGUCCUCAGAGUUCCAGGAAUGGAAGAAAGUUUACAUGGAGGCGUUUUCAGAAGAGCCACAGCGGGACCGUCAGCCCAGCCCUGCCUCUGAGCCCAGCCCUGCCGCUACGCCUGAGCCUGCCCCCCGCACGCCCUCCCUCUCGCACACACACUCCUACAUCGAGACUCACGUCUGACGUACACAAACUCUUACUUCAGAGUUCAGACCCAAAAAUACCACCACAAUACCAACUUUUAAACAAUGGACAUACUGUAGGCUUCAACAGACCUUACGGUGGAAUUUCAAGCUAAAGUAAGAAGAAGCAAAUUGGUGUUUAUGGACCUUAAAUAUGUUACACGCCAUAUUUAAUUGAAUAUUUUAAUUAUGAGGCUGUGAGGGAUAUAUUUACAAGAUGAUAAUGCAAUGAUGCAUGUCUUAGUAAUUGAAAAAUCAAUUAAUUUGUUGCAUUAUUCAUUAAUUACUAUGAAAUUACCCAGAGGCCAUCUCAGACUGCAUGUCAAAUCAAGACUGUCAUUUUUGACUUUCUUUGUCAUUCUUCAUAUUUAAGUGUAUCGCUUUAUGCAAUGCAAGUUAAAAUUUUUUCAGAAGCUCUUCCUUAAUAAUGAAAUAUAAUGUUUAUGUCAGAAUAUUGGGAGGAUAUGUUUGGCGUUUUAGUAGUUUUUUUUUUGUUGCUGUAUUUUGCAGGUAUCACUUUUGCACAGCUUAACACUUUUUUAAUGAGAUUGAAAAUUUGCAUAGCACUAAUUAAAAAUUAAAUUGUAAUAAUUCUAGGUGCCUAGAAAAGGGCAAUUAAAGAAAACAGGUUUGAAAGUGGCGUUAUUGUUUUCGUGGAAAACUGAAAACAAAACUUGUGAAAGCAGUGAUAUUAUAUUCAUAGAUUAUCAUUCAGUCUAUAUAUUUCAAUACUGGACAACUAGAACAGUGACAGACUACGGGAAUGCAGCCAUGUAGUUUCCCUCAUAACGUGACGUCACCAUCUACUGACCUGGCACUCAAUACGCAGUUUAAUAAUAAUAUUUAAUAAUUUAGUGUUGUGCUCUUGACUCAUGAAUGACUAUAACUAAAAUUUGCUCUGGAUACGGGCCGGAACAACAAUUACGUGAACCUCAAUAUAAGGAGAAAGCCCAUUCAAAUUAAUGGGGUUUUGGGAAAUGUUUUUGGCUUCAGUCGUUCUAAUUAAUGCAGCCUAAGGGGUCGAUCACACCUGACACGCUUUCCCGUUCUGAAAACGCGAGGCACACCGCUAUGCCUUUUUUGUUAACAA